CUUGAAGCCUGCGCCUCGUUCUGCUCGUCUUCGCUGGCUGCUCCUCGCAUGACAGGGAACAAACCCUUCGAGCAUAUUCUUUCCAGCUCGUACAGUGGUCGUAUUGACAUGUCUAGGGCGCAGCAUUUGACCUCCGUUGCCGGAGCCCGUCACGGAGGGCUUCCGCACCACCACUGCACCACCCUCGACCUCCCAGCCGGUUCUGUGGUCGGAUCAUCAUCCAUGAGGCGUCUCACGCGACAGUCAGGAAAAUCCAAGUUAGCCGUCUUCCUUGUGCGCAUGCCUAAGCAUGUCUUUCGAAUUGUCUUCAUCCGACUCAGCACUGGCUUCGUCUCGAUCAGGCACGGAUCUGCAUCUCAGCUCACAACUCCAUGUCGAAAGUGUGCACUCGGCCGGGCAGCUUCCCAGUGGAAGAAAAGAAGUCUUUCCUACUCUGAGCAUGCUCACACUCAUAGAACUGCGCCGUUGUUGCGGAGCGGCAGUCUUGUGGCAUGGUGCUUUGUAGAUCUCAGCCUAUGUUGCCUCUGCCUUAUGCUCGGUACUUUGCUCUUUUGGCAGCAGCUUCCCCGCUUACAGGUAUCUUCGAUGAACCGAAGUAGUAUAACAACCGUUCAGAGUCUCCGCUUGUGUGAAUUUCCAAUCCUCGUCUCCGCGCAUCCAAAUCUUCCUUCGCAUUUUUCUUCACGAGAGUCUCUCUAGGUUGAAAAUCCGACAAUGGCGCCACAUGUUGAAGAGCCAGUGUCAUCAGAGAACGGAGGCGACACCACGAAACCCGUGGCGCCCAAAGUGAUCUUCCCCUCGCCUCCAAAGUUUGACGACCCGUAUGAAGAGCGCGACUAUCUCAAAGGGCGACUAGCCGCGGCGUUUCGCAUUUUUGGCAAGUAUGGCUUCGACGAAGGCAUCGCUGGUCACAUCACCGUUAGAGAUCCUGUUGAGAAAAAUACAUUUUGGGUCAACCCUCUCGGUGUCUCGUUCUCACUCAUGAAGAAGUCGGACUUGAUCAGAGUCGGUGAGAAUGGCGAGGUCAUCGAUGGUGGCCCCGUACGUUUGCUAAACACUGCUGCUUAUAUGAUACACCACGCCGUUCACACGGCUCGUCCCGAUGUCAACGCGGCAGCACACAGUCAUAGCAUCUACGGACGAAGUUUCUGCACACUUGGAAGGAAGUUGGACAUCAUCACACAGGACUCGUGCUCCUUCUACAACGACCAUGUCCUUUACGAGAACUUCAACGGCGUAGUCCUUGCCAAAGAAGAAGGCGAAAACAUUGCCAAGUGUCUUGGAUCUAAAAAGGCCGCCUUGCUUGGAAAUCACGGUCUGUUGACGGUUGGCGAGACAGUCGAAGCUGCAGUCUUCUGGUUCAUAAGCCUGGACAAGUGCUGCCAGGCACAGCUUCUUGCUGAUGCCGCAGCUGGUGGCAGAGGCCACGAGACGGUGAAGAUCAACGACGAGGAUGCGCAAUUUACAUACAAUACUACCGGUACUCCUCUUUUCGGAUGGUUUUCUGCAAAACCUAUCUUUGAUCUGAUCCACAAGGAGACCAAUGGAGACUAUCUCGAGUGAGCAUCUAACCAUUUUUGCAGGCGUCAAACGUCGAUAAGAGGACGGAGCGGAAGUUCUUCUGCAACGUCUCUGAAUCAUGAGUUUCCACAACGGCAGUAACUACGCUUGGAUGCUUCGCAGCAAGACGUCUGAUCAUAAUGAAAUCUGUACGCAGUCGUAUUAAAUUAAAGCCACGCUACGCUUAAAUCAGAUAUAUUUGUGUGCUACCACAAGAAGCCGAAUUACUGGACUGCUGGCAUACCAACUCAAAUAGAAAUAUCAAAUCAUUUCGUUUUCUUCCAUG